AUUUGGCUGUAAGGAUGUCUUCAGACAGCUUUACACCAAGCUACCAAUGUGAUGUUUUCUUGUUGUGAAUAACAUCACACCAUCUUCUCUUGAUGUGAAUGACAUCACAUGAUAUUUCCUUGAUGUGAAUGACAUCACCAGAUGUUCCCUUGAUGUGAAUGCUGCUACAUGAUGUUUACCUGGCAUAAGCUAGCCCUGCUGGCUGCCUACCUGACUGGACUCUCACUGCUGGCUGAUUUCCUACCUUUUUCUGAGGUCUUCAGUCACCUGCAUGGAGAGACGUCCAUGGUCAGCCAUGUGGAACACGCAUCUAGCCUGCGCUCACAAGAUGCACAGAACUACUUAAACAGCAUUGACCCAAAGGAUUCUUUAAAACUCUAUAGAGACAGGCUCAAGCUUGGGAAUAUAACAUUUGCUAUAGGGAUUAUAACAAUAAAAAGAACAAGAGAAUCUAGUAACGAGAGCCUGGGAUACUUGUUACAGUCGGCAGCUUCAAUAGAUUUUUUAAUGAAGAGUAACAAUUUGUUUAAGAACAGUGUGCCUUUUAUUUGCAAUGUUGAUACCUACCCGGACAUGCAUUUAGAUGCAGUGACGCUGUACAAGUUCUUGCCUUUUACAAAGAGAUAUGGAGACAAUUCAUUAGGGCUUCCAUCCAUAACUCUCCCUCAUUCACACACAAGGUUUGUUGAUUUGAUAACACAUUUUUCUAAGUAUGAAAAGGAGACUUUUGAUUAUGCAUUUUGUCUUUUAUCGGCAGCUAAGUUAAAUCCUCAGUAUGUUAUUCUACUGGAGGAAGACACCCUGCCUCAUAAAGACUUCCCUGUUGUGUUAGAUCAUAUUUUAAAUUACAGACUGAACAUAAAACCAGAAAAAAAUAAAACUGAUUAUUUAUUUUUAAAGCUGUACUAUCCUAAAAAAUGGCAAGGGUACGGGUUUGAUGUCUGCAGGUUACUUGACCUGUUGAGCGUCAGCGUCUUAGCAACUCUGAUGUGCAGUCUAGUGCACUACUGCGCCCUGCUGAAGUACAAGUACAACCACAGCAUCAACAGGAUCGUCCUGUGUUGGUUUGGUCUGGCCGUCUUCACCUGCUGGGUUCUGGGCAGGCAGAAUGUCAGUGAACUGCGGCGUGUGUCUAAACACCUGUACAGGUUGCAGAAAGCUGACGGGUGCUGCACGCAGGCCAUGCUGUACCCUACUGCAGGUGUGCAUAACCUCAGCGCCUACCUGGUGUCCAGGAAAGGCCACGUCCACACAGAUUUGGCCAUCUACGAUUAUUUUUAUUUGAAUGAUAAAACCACGUAUCAGGUAGAGCCAAAUUUAUUUUUUCACACAGGAUUGCACACGACUCUAGAUCUGGGUGCAAAAAGUCCAGAGGAGUUUAUAUUUUAAUUUUCUCAUAUUUGUUGUUACUGUAAUACAUUUUGUCUUUCAUUAUUGUUCCAUUGUAUUUAUUUUUGGACUUUUGAGGUAUACACUUUCUAAAUGUUUUUUAUUUUCUACUUAGUGUUUAAAGUUUAAAAAAAAAAUUGUUUUGUAAAAAGUGCUUUUAUGUGAUAAUGCCAGUGAAGUAGAACAGAUAUGUUUGUCUUGCCAUAUAAUGUUUAAAGUUUUUAAAUUCUACAAGUUAAUAAAAUGUCAAUUUUCUUGUGUUUAGAUAAGUUUAGUACAAUCCAUGUUUUUACUUUGCCAUCUUUUUUUUAUUAUUAAACCAUACUUGUAUUGAAGACAAUUAUUUAAUUACUAGCCCUACUGUAAAUUCAUAAAAUUCUAGGUCUAUAAAAUUUAAUCUUUUAACUAAAACAGUGACUAAACUUGAGUUUUGUAUUUUUUGAAAAACCAUAUAAAAUAAUGUUAUAUCCAUUGAUAGCCAAACUAGUCCAAAUCUAUUCAUGCAAAUCUAUUAUACUAGGAUUGCUCAGCCUAAAUCAAUUUAUAAUCUAUGUAGAUAGAUUUAUGUUUGCAAUGUGUGAACUGGUGUUAACUCAGACAGCUCUAUUGUCUUGUGUAAAUCAUGUACGUAUAUAUAUGUAUAAAUUUUAUUUGUAUGGGUUAUUUAGUUGUGUAUUGUUGACAUAUUUAUUUAUUAUUCUUGUAAGAUUUUAUUCCUGGAUGUAUACACAGAAAACAUUAUAUAACACAUUAAUUCUAGUCUAGUUUUUGUUUGCUAAUUUAGACAAUUUUUAAAAUAUAUAUAUAAGGAAUUUAAAAAAAAUCAUGUAUGUCUUCAGCAUUGUAAUAAUUUUUAAAAUUUAAAACAAUCAUGCUAAUUUUUUUUGUAAUUAAAAUAUGUUUUUUAAUGAAAUACAUUAACGAUCAAAGCUGUAACAUUGAUGUUAUUUUAUUUACAUGUUUUUACAUGUUAGCAGAUGGGCAGUAUUUGAUUGUAUCUUGUAUUACAAUAGGUUAAAAGUAGGGUCAUUUUGUUGGCAAUUUAAGACCAUCAAAAGCUGGAUAAUACUGUGGACAGCUUGACUUAAAGAGAUAACUUUUCUCUUGAGGUCUCAUCAAUGUGUUUAGUCUGCUCAAACCUUUUUCUUCUUGGUUCUUGAACCUUUACAUUGUUGCUAUUGUUUACAUGUUGUAUCCAACUUUUACAUGAUUUUAUUGGUUUUUGAUUGAUGUCAUUUGUUACCAAUAUAUGCAUUAUGCUAGCAUUAUGUAAAUUCAAGACAAUAUUUUGAUUUACACAUGUUUGUCGUACACUACUCCAAAUGUUAUAGAGACAGCAAAAGUACUUGGUAACAAACCUACCAUACAUACAACUUCAUAGAGACAGCACAAAGUACUUUGUAACAUUCCUACCAUACAUACAACUUCAUAGAGACAGCACAAAGUACUUUGUAACAUACCUACCAUACAUACAACUUCAUAGAGACAGCACAAAGUACUCUGUAACUUAUCUAUCAUACAUAUAACUUCAUAGAGACAGCACAAAGUACUCUGUAACUAACCUAUCAUACAUAUAACUUCAUAGAGACAGCACAAAGUACUUUGUAACUAACCUAUCAUACAUAUAACUUCAUAGAGACAGCACAAAGUACUUUGUAACUAACCUAUCAUACAUAUAACUUCAUAGAGACAGCACAAAGUACUCUGUAACUAACCUAUCAUACAUAUAACUUCAUAGAGACAGCACAAAGUACUUUGUAACUAACCUAUCAUACAUAUAACUUCAUAGAGACAGCACAAAGUACUUUGUAACUAACCUAUCAUACAUAUAACUUCAUAGAGACAGCACAAAGUACUCUGUAACUAACCUAUCAUACAUAUAACUUCAUAGAGACAGCACAAAGUACUUUGUAACAUACAUACCAUACAUAACUUCAUAGAGAUCAGCAAUAAUAAUAAGAACUGCCAUAAUCUAGUAAGUAAAAAAAUGCUUUGCUACAGUUAGAUAAACAAAAUAUGCAGUAAUUUUUAUCUUGUCUUAUUUUGUCUUUCUUUUAAACAAGAUCCAUCAUAAAGGCCUUUCACUUUCUUAUAUUGCACAU